UGCGGCGCCGUGGCUCAGCCCCGCUGGUCGGCUGCGAGGCAGGCCGCCACUCCUGGGUCUUCUGCGGCUGGGGGGGUGGUGACCAAGACCGUGAGGGCUGGCCAGAGGUUGCCGGGGUUGGAGGUCAGAGGUCGGAAGUCUUGCCUUUGUGGGAAGUUGCGGCCCCGCCCAUCUAAGGGUAGGGGCCGGCUGUUCCCUGGUUUGUCCUUUUUUUUUUUCAAUCAGCUCUUGUUUCGUCACUGACACCCCUUACCCCCACCCCGUUCACGGGACGGGCUCUGAGGGAAACUGAGGCCUGGGAGCCGGGGCAUCCUGCAGGCAGGGACUCUAGGCGGCCGAGGGUGGAGGGGGCCCGGGCCACGGCCUCCGAGGGCGGAUGGGGUCGCGCUGGCGCUACGGGCUGUUCCCGAGUGCUCAAGAUGUCAGCUCAGUGUGAGGCUGUCACUCCCCGUAUUUGAGAUGUGAUUUCUGGACUCUCACUGGAACAAUUUGGAGAGGAGAGAGAGAAGUAAAGAAAAUGAGGCCAAAGGAAGUGUUAACCAAGACCUUCCAGGGCCCAGCCACUGUCUGUAGGUCUCCGACCAGCCAUGUUUACAUGUUUGAGAAUGGUGGUGGGGACUCCGGGGACUCCUCUGAGGAAGAGUCCCAGCAGGUGGCCCUGCAGCCCCGUGGCAAGGAGCGCCAGAAGAAGGGUGCCCACCGCCCUCACCAGCCAGGAGCAGUGGAUGUGGUGCUGCUGCAGCGGGAGCUGGCCCGGGAGGACAGCCUCAACAAGCUCGCCCUUCAGUAUGGCUGCAAAGUUGCAGAUAUAAAGAAAGUCAACAACUUCAUCAGAGAACAAGACUUAUAUGCUUUGAAGUCUAUUAAAAUUCCAGUGAAAAACCAUGGGAUUCUAACAGAGACCAACAGAGAACUCAGGCCCAUCCUGAGCCCAACCUCAGAGACAAGAGUGACCUUCGAGGAACAGCCAGACCCAGACAGAGCACCUAUAGGUGCUGCUGCCCCAUCCAGCCAACUGAUGAAUUUCUUUAAGGGCAUUGACCAGAAUAUUGAGCGUGCAGCACAGUCAGAAAUCUUUUUAAGUGACAGUUACUGCGUAGAGACCUGCAGUCAGCCGCUGCUCCUGGCUCCUCCGAAGGCGCCGGCAGAUGGGGCCGACUGUGGAAUUCAGUGGUGGAAUGUUGUUUUUAUCAUGCUUCUAAUUGGGAUUGUUUUACCAGUGUUUUAUUUGGUCUAUUUUAAAAUACAAGCUACUGGUGGGAUCUCUAAUAACUUAAACAUAACUGCUAUCCCCAAUGGCUCAAUGGCAGUGAGUGCAGUUCCAGGGCAAGCCCCCAGAUUAGCGAUUCCAGUGCCAACCAUCCCCUCUUUAGACAGCCAGUUCAGUCAGACGUUCCGGGCAGGGAACUAGCAGAGUCAGGCCAGCAUGAGCAGCCGGUUGCCGAUGUGCCUCAGCAGACAUUGGCCAUAUCCUGUGGUGCUACAUUUCCUCUUCCAUGUCAUAUGGUCACACUUGAGAAGCCACCGUUGUGUUCUCAGUAACACUCACCCUGGGGAAUAGCCUUGCCUAAUCUAAGGCUUGGGUAGCCAAAACAGCAGCGCCCUUAGCCUCCUACAUCCGGAGAGGUGUGGUGAGAGACAUUUACACAUGACAGGUGCCAGUUCUCGAAGGGAGUUAGCGACUGGCCGUGAGUAUCUUCACAGCUGCGCUGCGUGGGCCCCCGAGUUGUAUGUGCGUGGAGGGAGUGGGGCGGCUUUGGCAAAAGGACCCGCAGCAUCGGAGCCCCUGGGGUUGGCUCUGAUGACCUGGCUGUUUGCAGGGUCUCCCUGGCAGAGGGGCUCCCCAGUAGUGGUGAACGUCACUGUUUUAUAGAGUGUGACAGUUCACAGUCAGAACAAGCCCUAUUUCAUACUUGCCCCACUAGUCAGCCUUUUCGUCACUUUGGAAUUGAAAACCCCUAAAUGCAAUUGCCACAAUAUUAAGUAAAUAGUAAGUAAAUUACUAAUUUAAGUAAACAGCAGUUCUGGUCCUUGUACUUUUAGAGCUAUUUAGUUUGUUUGACAUGCAGGCCUCUUUUAAGCUGCUACCUGGUGUGGCCUGAGCUUGAGGGAGCUGUCACUCAGUUUCACCCGAAGGACACCCGCACAGCAGUCGCUGAAUGGAUUCCCAAAGUCCGCUUUCUUGGAAGGAGUUCUUGCUGGUCAUUGUCCGGAGCACAGGAGGUCCCAACAUGUGACACUUCUAAGGCAGAAUCGUCACCUGUCCAGCGUGGCCGAGAGCAGCAGCCCUGGUGCUGUGGGGUGGUGCGGGGUGAACUCUGUUCUUGGGAAUUGUAGAGCCACAGCAGGGAAUGGGGCUCUGUGUUUUCUUUGGGUGAUUAUCACUGUGUUUACGAUGUAGCUCAUAAUGUUAAAAGACUAAACACGUCAUGGAGGGCCUACAGGUGACCCUUGCUGUGAAGGGCCAUAAAAAGCUGGGCCUGAUACUUGUUCACGUGCAGUCUGUCCUUCUCCUCCCAUCACAAAGCAAUCGUGGUGCCAAGUGCGGAGGCUCUCGGGCAGGAACAGUGGCCUCCGAGGCCCUGAAGGUGGGGCAGGUGGGGCGCGGGAGAUGACGGGUGAGAGCCUGCUUUGGCAGGAGCCUGCCCCCUGCCGGGGAGGAAUGGAAGUGGGCUGCGGGGGCCGGGGGCUCCGUCUCUGAGAGGUCUGUCCGCGGGGAGGAAAAUGCUGCCCACAUGAUGAGCUUGGGCAUGGUUCAUGGCAUUUGAUUCAUUAGGCCUAGAGAAAAUUAAGGAAAUCUCAUCAUGUAAGAGGCAAUAGUGGCAGAAGAGCACUUGAGGUGGGUUUCCAGUUUCUCCUCUCAGUUGUGUGGAAAAUGAUCUGCCUUUGGUUCAAUUAGUAAAUCUAAAGUAUUUUAAAAAUUAAAUGUCUUCCAAACCAAAGCGGUCUUCCGGAACUUGUGAAUUUUUGCUGUAGGAAAUAUUUUGAUCAUGUGAGUGCUUUUCUAGCCAAACGUUUGUGCUCACUGCCUGUGAGCGCCACAGGAUUGUCUAACAUUCAUCACCGUUAACUCGGCGCUCGGGGCGGCCUCAUUCCCGUGGGAAAGUGACUUGCCUGGCAAGGAAUGAAUAUCUGUAUCCUUUCUUUUUUUUUCAAAUGGAAUAAAAUAAUUUCUUCUGUGAAGGAAAA